AUGAAGCACUCUCUUGUCGCCUCGACCGACCGUAACGGAAAUUCCGUCGUAGGAUCGAACCCCGAGGCGCUGCGCGCCGAGCUCGCGGGAUGGCUGCAGGAUCGGAUCGUGCAGGCGGAGUCGCAAUUCCGCAGCGGGCUGUCCGUCGCGCCAUGGCAUUCGCAUGACAAGGCGGGGAGCGCCACGGCGCGGGGGACAAACAGGGUUACCGACGCUACCAACGCUACCAGCAGCGCUACUGCUGGCAGCGGCGGCGGUAGCAGGAGGAAGGUGGAGGGUUGGCGGGAGCAGCAGCAGGCGCUGCACCGCAUUGUCGAUUUCUGGAGACGAGCCGUGCAUCUGUACGGCAGCUACAAGCUGUGCCAGCUGCGCGUGCGCGUAAGCAGGCUGAGUGAGGAGCAGCGGCGGGCGGCGUGGGAGGAGCAGCACGAGCGGGGGGCGGAGAUACUUCACUCGCUCUGCACCGAAAUGCAGGGCUUCUUCCUCAAGGCAGGGCAGUUCCUAGCCAAGCCAGACAUGUCCCCCCCAGCCUGGGUGCGUCGCCUCGCCCCCCUCCAUGACAGUGCGCCCGCAGACCCCUUCCCUCUCGUCCGACGCACCGUCGAGGCUGAGCUGGCACGUGCUUACGUGGCAGGGAGUGACGUGGCAAGUGCUGCUGACGUGGCACGGGUGCGGCUGGAAGACGUGUUUGCGGAGUUUGAGGAAGAGCCGGUUGGGUCUGCAUCCAUUGCCCAGGUGCACAGGGGCAGGUUGAAGGAUGGGCGCCGUGUUGCCAUCAAGGUGCAGCGCGCGGGGGCAGAGCGGUUGAUGCUGAUGGACCUGGCGAAUCUGCGUCUCUUUGGCGCCUUCCUGCAGCGCGCCGAGCUCAAAGUGGACCUGCUGGGACCCAUUUCUGAGCUGGAGCAGCAGAUCCGGUACGAGUUUGACUUUGAGCACGAGGCAGCAGCCAUGGAGCGCAUCAGACACGCCCUGGCACAGCGGGACGGGGGCGAGACGGCAGGGGGUAGGUGGGAGAGGCAUGGGGGGAUGCGGAGCAGCAGGCGCACAGGCAGACAUGGUGUGGGUCGUGGAGGGAUUAGCAAGGCGAAUAGGGUGGAGAGGGUGGAAAGGGUGGAGACGUUGGGGAGGGUGGAGCAUGCGGGGAAGAAGGCAAGGCCUGAGGAUCGACAAGGGGCACAUGUCAUUGUGCAAGGCGGGGCUGAAGGUGGUGGGCGGAGUGCGGAGAUGGACACACGGGCGUCACCUGUCAUUGUGCCAGCAGCCAUACCAGGCCUUGCAGGGCAGUUCCUAGCCAAGCCAGACAUGUCCCCCCCAGCCUGGGUGCGAUGUCCUCUCCUUUCCUCACUCCUCCUCUACCCUUCUCUCCCCUUCCCUUCACCUCACUCCCUCUCUCCCCACCAGGCAGGGCAGUUCCUAGCCAAGCCAGACAUGUCCCCCCCAGCCUGGGUGCGUCGCCUCGCCCCCCUCCAUGACAGUGCGCCCGCAGACCCCUUCCCUCUCGUCCGACGCACCGUCGAGGCUGAGCUGGCACGUGCUUACGUGGCAGGGAGUGACGUGGCAAGUGCUGCUGACGUGGCACGGGUGCGGCUGGAAGACGUGUUUGCGGAGUUUGAGGAAGAGCCGGUUGGGUCUGCAUCCAUUGCCCAGGUGCACAGGGGCAGGUUGAAGGAUGGGCGCCGUGUUGCCAUCAAGGUGCAGCGCGCGGGGGCAGAGCGGUUGAUGCUGAUGGACCUGGCGAAUCUGCGUCUCUUUGGCGCCUUCCUGCAGCGCGCCGAGCUCAAAGUGGACCUGCUGGGACCCAUUUCUGAGCUGGAGCAGCAGAUCCGGUACGAGUUUGACUUUGAGCACGAGGCAGCAGCCAUGGAGCGCAUCAGACACGCCCUGGCACAGCGGGACGGGGGCGAGACGGCAGGGGGUAGGUGGGAGAGGCAUGGGGGGAUGCGGAGCAGCAGGCGCACAGGCAGACAUGGUGUGGGUCGUGGAGGGAUUAGCAAGGCGAAUAGGGUGGAGAGGGUGGAAAGGGUGGAGACGUUGGGGAGGGUGGAGCAUGCGGGGAAGAAGGCAAGGCCUGAGGAUCGACAAGGGGCACAUGUCAUUGUGCAAGGCGGGGCUGAAGGUGGUGGGCGGAGUGCGGAGAUGGACACACGGGCGUCACCUGUCAUUGUGCCAGCAGCCAUACCAGGCCUUGUCACCAGGGGCCUAUUGGUAAUGGACUUCAUAGACGGCACGCCCAUCCUGAGACUGCCUGAGGAGAUGCGCAAGCGAGGCAUCAGCCCCAGUGACGCACUGGCAAGGCAGACCAAGAGUCGCAUAUUCUCAGCGCUAUCCACGGCGUAUGGCCGCAUGCUGCUGCAGCACGGCCACUUUCAGGCGGACCCCCAUCCAGGAAACAUCCUCGUGUGCGCGGGGGGCAGGGUGGCUCUGUUAGAUUAUGGGCAGACCAAGCAGCUUCCCGAAGCGUUGAGGCUGAAUCUGGCUCGCUUGGUGGUGGCGAUAGCCGAUGAGGACAUGCUGGCUGUGGGCUCGUGCUUCACGGCCAUGGGGAUCGAGACGGCCAAGACAGCCGGGGAGCACCCCAACAGCUUCCGCCGCAUGGCCAUGAUCAUGUUUGAUACCGGCUCUGGUAACGGAGUUACCAGUGCCAACCCGUUCGGGGCGGAGAGCUCACUCAAGAGCAAUGCCAUGAAGGCUUUCCCAGCAGACAUCUUCUUUAUAUUCCCUUCCAUGACCGCUUUCCCUCCCAUCCCUCGUCAUUCCGCCCACCCCCACCAGAUCCUGAUGGUCGAUUUCGACUUCUUUGACGCCCAGCCGUCGGAUUACCACGGCGUGAAGGCGCUUCUGCGAACCUUCCUGGACGGCAAGCGGUGGGACCUGCCGGCCUUUGUGGACGCGGUCACCUCGGGAACUCCGGGAGGAGGCGCAGCCGGGGAAGGGGACGCUGCUGGCAGUGGUGGGGGUGGGAGUGGGAGUGGGAGUGGGAGUGUGGCAACGGUGGUGAAAGCAGGGGAUGAGGGGAGCAUUCUGGGGCUCACUGCUUGCCUGCCGUUGAUCUGCAAGUCCAAGGGGUGGACGGCGGAUUUUGUCCGGUUCCUGCAUGAGGGGUGUGACAACAGGGCACAGUGGGACGAGCUGUGGAAGGUGAUGCAGAGGGGGCGUGUGGGUGUGGUGGUGUGCGAGCGUGUGCCCAACCUGCCCUUCCAACUCGUGCCGCACCUCUUCAGAAGCACACUGCAGCCCAUGCUGGAGAAGGGAGCACCGGUGGAGAAGUUCCUGAUUCUCACGCGCAUGUACCGCCAGACAGGCGGCAAGGCGGCAAGGAAGCAGGCCAAGGGAGCGGGGAGCAGCGCCUCAGAGCUGUUCUUUCCCAAGCCAGAGGACGAGCUGCUCAAGAAGCUCGCCACAUCAUCAUAUUCCUUCCCAGUCCAUGCUGACGUCAUGGCCUCCAGACAGCUGAAGGGCUUUCAACACCUUCGCCUAGUGAUGCUCCUUUCAGCAGCACAAGUGCGCAACUUCCUAGAGCAAGUUAAUGACAUGGUUGAUGAAGAUUGA